ACAUCAUUUAAAGAGCGCCCCCGUACCACCAACGAGGAAAAAAAGAAAACUUGAAUCCUCACUCCUCCAUCUUCCCGAGCUGGAAGAGAAAACACCUGAGGGUCGUUUGCCAUUGGGACUCUUUCCCUUCCCUUGUCGAUAUCGCGCAGCCUGUAGCAUUAUUGGAUUGGCCGCGGCGGUAUCCCCGAUAGUAUCGGAUUCGGGGAGGGGCGUUCUCUACGCUCGGGGAAUGGCGGAGCAGCAGGCUGCUGUGCUAAGGAUUCAGUGUGGGAGAGAGAUGGGGAUUUAGCACAAUAAGAUAGAUCCCAGUCCUCUCUGUUUUCCACUCUCUCUCUGUUGUCGUUCUACACCUCUGCUGCCUCUGGCCAUGGAUCCAGAGAAAACGUUGACGUUCUGCCUUGGACUCAAAGCAGAGGCGAUGACCAUCUCCCUGCAGGGGCCGGGAGGACCAGCAGCUACGCUGCAGGGUUUCUACAUAUUGGAUCUGCUGUUUGUCCAGCUCCUGUGAAAAAGACGACUGUGUCUCCAAAGGGUUCAGACAUGGGAACCAUCAACAAGGUGGACUCCAAUCAAGUUGUCGAAACAUCUCAAGGAUGAUCAAUGGAAACAGGAUGCAUCUGAGCUCAAUUUCGAGUCUCAUAACAAAGGGUCUGAAUACUUAUGUAAAUAAGGGGGUGAAGGACCAAGCUGGCUCAGGCAGCCAGCCCAUGCUCAGUCAUAAGUACUGCCCUGGUGUCAACAACAACCCAGGCUACCUGUGUGAGACCGGCCACUGCUGUGGGGAGACAGGAUGCUGCACCUACUACUACGAGCUGUGGUGGUUCUGGCUGCUGUGGACCAUCGUGAUUCUGUUCAGCUGUUGCUGUGCCUACCGCCACCGGCGGGCCAAGCUGCGUGUCCAGCAGCAGCAGAGACAGAGGGAGAUCAACCUGAUCGCCUACCACGGAGCCUGCAACUACCCUGCGUCCAUGUUGGACCUCAGUUUCCUGGCCUCCUUCAAGCUGCCGUCCUAUGAGGAGGUGGCAGCCCAGCCCCCCUCACCCCCUCCAUCCUACAGCUCCGUCUUUGCUCUGCAGGGGGCAAUGGGGGGCGCCACCGCUUACACAGCCACCCCUUACGGUUCAGCCUACCCCCAUCACCACCAGCAACAACCCCUUGGCCCUCCCUCCUACUUGGUUAGCUCCAGGCCGGGCCCAAGCGGUGCCGGUGGUGGCCUGACCUCAUCUCAGAGUUCAGACAACUACACCAGCUGCUCCUGCGAGUCCUGCUCCCUCCUCACCUCCCCAUCCAGCACCUCCUUCUCUGUCCAGGUGACCUACGAGACGGAUAAUACCAGCCAUGCCUCCACGCCCGGUAGCGAGGUUGGAGGAGGAGGGAGGGAGGUCCUGAGAGGCUUCCCCAGGGAGGGUUCAUCUCUGGAGGGAGUUGUGUCUGCCAGGUCCCCUUUGUCUCCUGGAGGAUAUCCAGCUCCUCCUCUGCCCCCUCCUCCACCUGAACUUCUACCUACACCUUCUCCCACAACGUCUUCUCCUCUCCCUCCUACUCUCCCCCCUCCCAAACUAUCUUCUCCCUCUCCACUUCCUCCUCCACAUCAUCCGCCACUCCCUCCACUCAUCCUUAUGGACCCCCUGGCUGUGCUGGCUGAGCAGAGAGGGGUAGAGGGCGGCCUGAGUGAGGGUGGGGUCACAGAGAGACAGAGCCCUUCCAUCCUCUCUCCCCCCAAGCCCACCCAGUCUCCCCCCAAACACGCCCUCUUCUCCACCAACGUGGACUUCUUCGAGCCCGUGGAGAAAGAGAAGAGAGAGGAAGAGGAGGGGGAAGAGGAGGAUGAGGAUCAUUUCCGUCACCGCCGGCUCACAGGCGACUCCGGCAUCGAAGUGUGCCGCUGCCAAGUGAAGAGCGAGGAAGAGGAUGUGGAGAAGAAGGUGGAAGAAGAUCAAGUUGGAGGAGGGGAUGGAGAGGAGGGGGCGGAUUCCCUCCAUGACAGUGUGGACUGUUCCCUCCGAGCGCAGCAGGUCUCCCAGUGUGGCCACGCCUCCUCGGCCAUCCCCAGGGGCGGGGACGCCAUCAUCACCGUGGAGUCGUCAUGAGGACAGCCAACGAGGGCCAAAUAAUUUGGUCAGGUGACCAAAACUCACUUGACUGACAACAAAUGGAGCCAAUGGAGCUUAAAAGUGUUUACUUUGACCCAGUAGCACCCCCUACUGUUCAAACCAGGAAGGAAGCCAAGGCCCACAUCAACUAGUAUGGGCCUGCUUGUGUUAACGGCUUACUGUAGUAAUGUGAAGUCACCAUAGUAACACAGAGGAAGAGGAUCAUCACAGCCUUCUAAUUGAAAGGAGGAAGGAAGUCGUUACAGAGGGAGUCGGACAGUUUAUCUGUGUUGAUCUUUCUGACGGUCAUUAUCAUUCUGUCCCAAUGCGCUGCCACCGGGAACAAAGACACCUUUUAUUAUUUCUCAAAGUGCAGAAACCAAUGCUGCAGUGAAACUGCUAAUUAUACUCUCUCUCGCUCUCUCUUUCUGUCUCUCCGUCUUUCUGUCUCUCUCUCCCUCUCUCCCUUUCUGUCUCUCUCUCUCCCUCUCUGUCUCUCUUUCAUCACAGGAAGAGGAGCAACAGCUGCAUGAGACAGUAUAAAGUCAGCAUAAUGUUCACACAGUCUCGCUCGCACACACACACACACACACACACACACACACACACACACACACACACACACACACACACACACACACACACACACACACACACACACACACACACACACACACACACACACACACACACACACACUGUUGACUGUCCACCUGCUGUGUCUGAAGCUCUGCUGCACCUGCCCUUUUGCUUUUCAAAAUUACCUCCCACUUUCUUCCUCUCCCAUCCUCCCAUCAGAGUACUGUUAGCUCCUCUUCUCUUCUCCUCCUCUCCUCCUCUCCCAUCCUCCCAUCAGAGUACUGUUAGCUGCUCUUCUCUUCUCCUCCUCUCCUCCUCUCCCAUCCUCCCAUCAGAGUACUGUUAGCUCCUCUUCUCUUCUCCUCCUCUCCUCCUCUCCCAUCCUUCCAUCAGAGUACUGUUAGCUCCUCUUCUCCUCCUCUCCUCCUCUCCCAUCCUCCCAUCAGAGUACUGUUAGCUGCUCUUCUCUUCUCCUCCUCUCCUCCUCUCCCAUCCUCCCAUCAGAGUACUGUUAGCUCCUCUUCUCUUCUCCUCCUCUCCUCCUCUCCCAUCCUCCCAUCAGAGUACUGUUAGCUCCUCUUCUCCUCCUCUCCUCCUCUCCCAUCCUCCCAUCAGAGUACUGUUAGCUCCUCUUCUCUUCUCCUCCUCUCCUCCUCUCCCAUCCUCCCAUCAGAGUACUGUUAGCUGCUCUUCUCUUCUCCUCCUCUCCUCCUCUCCCAUCCUCCCAUCAGAGUACUGUUAGCUCCUCUUCUCCUCCUCUCCUCCUCUCCCAUCCUCCCAUCAGAGUACUGUUAGCUCCUCUUCUCCUCCUCUCCUCCUCUCCCAUCCUCCCAUCAGAGUACUGUUAGCUGCUCUUCUCUUCUCCUCCUCUCCUCCUCUCCCAUCCUCCCAUCAGAGUACUGUUAGCUCCUCUUCUCUUCUCCUCCUCUCCUCCUCUCCCAUCCUCCCAUCAGAGUACUGUUAGCUCCUCUUCUCCUCCUCUCCUCCUCUCCCAUCCUCCCAUCAGAGUACUGUUAGCUGCUCUUCUCUUCUCCUCCUCUCUCCU